UCUACGCUCUCGCAAAGCUCUGGAUUCAUAACUUGCACACAGUGAAGCGGUGAGAUCCUCUAGUUACACAUUUCGGAAGCACUGAAGGAUAUUUUUAAAACUUUUAGGAUAUUCCGCUACGUGAAACCCCUCGUGCUCCGUGUAACAAUGGAGGCGUAUUUACGGAGCUGUCGUGAUGUGCUGAAGGGUUGUUGUAAGAACAGCCCAGGGCUGCAUGUCGUAAUGGGAAAUGAAGCUUGUGAUAUGGACUCCAUGGUAUCAGCCCUGACCUUCGCCUACUUUCUUUCAAAGAGUCUUGAUUGUAAGAGGAUACCGGUGCCUGUGCUCAAUAUUCCACGCGCUGAGUUCCCUUUGCGGUCAGACAGCAUCUUUCUGCUAAGAGAAAGCGGCCUGUCGCAGGACUACCUGCUGUUCAGGGAUGAGGUGGAUCUCCAUGGCCUGCACAAGACCAAACAGCUGACAUUGACACUGGUCGACCACAAUGUCCUGCCCAGUGCUGACAGUGAGCUGGAGGACGCCGUUGUGGAAGUGAUUGACCAUCAUCUCCUACAGAGACCCUCCUCCUCCUGCCCCAUCACUGUGGAGCCUGUGGGCUCCUGCACAACCCUGGUGACUGAGCGCAUUGCCCAGAAGUCACCCGCGGUGCUCGACCAACAAGUGGCUCAGCUUUUAUAUGGUACCAUCAUCUUGGACUGUGUUAACAUGGCACCUGAAGCAGGUAAAGUCACCCCGAAGGACAGCCAGUACGCCAUCUUUUUGGAGCAGCGUUUCCCAAAACUGCCUCCGCGGGGCGCUCUGUUUCAGUCUCUGCAGAAUGCCAAGUUUGACGUGUCAGGCCUGUCCACAGAGCAGAUGCUGCUGAAAGACAUGAAAGCAGCGUCUGGUGGUGAUCUGAGAUUGGCUGUCAGUGUUAUUUACAUGACACUAGAGGAUUUUCUUCAGAGAAGUGGCCUACAGCAGGACCUCUGCGAGUUCUGCCACAGUCACAACUACAAUCUGCUCCUGGCCAUGACAAUCUCUUUUAAAGACAACAAGGAGCCCUUCAGACAGCUGGCCGUCUACAGCUCCAGCACCGUCUACAGGGAAGAGAUGAGUAAAGCACUAGAAAAAGCCAAAAACCCCAGUCUGGAUCUUAAGCCAUUAAGCAGUCCAUAUCCAGAUGUGAAGGCCUUUAUUCAGGGUAACACACUGGCGUCUCGCAAAAAGGUGAUGCCUAUAAUCACAGACUUCCUAAAGGAGAAGGAAAGAAGAGAAGCUCAGUGUAUGAACAUGGAGGAUCUGGACCUGGAUGAUGAUUCCAACCAGGACCAGAGUGACUGUCUGGAGGACGCUGGGAUUGAUGACGACACUCGGGUUCCUCCAACGCCAAUGAACAGUCUGGUUGAGGGCUGUCCUUUAGACAAUGGCCUUCCCAAAAUCAGCCCUGAAGUUUUGGUGGAGAAAGUCAGUAAGAUGGCCAGCAUGGAGGACACGUCUCCUGAGGAGCAGUGAUGAAGAUGUGAAUCUGGAAUAAGAGAAUGAAGCUCCUUCUGCGUCUUCAUAUACAGCAGUGGCGCAUCAAGGAAAUGGCACUGUUUUUUUGAUCUGGUGAACUCAUAAAAGGUACGAGACCGUCUCCAAAGACCUUUCUUUUGACCUUCCAUUGACUGGUACAUGAUGAUUUGAACGGAGCUUUACUUGGUUGCAUCUAGUAUAAGACGACGUUUGGAUUUGAUAAAAAAUGACAGUAAAAGUAAUGCUCUUGGCAUCUACAAUUUGAACUUAAUCUUAUCUCAAACACUGUAGAUAAGAUGCACGCAAUGCAAGCUAGCGACUGACAAUUAAUAGUACAAACAGAUAUUGAUUAUGAAAAUUUUCCAUUAGUAUGCACGUAAUUAUAACGUGGUAGCUAUUUUUAUCGUUGUACCCUGUAAAAAAAGAUCUGUUAAUUAAGCGUUUCCUGUAUUUCUGAUUCAUGUUUUCGUAUUUGCAUUAUGGGGCCUUGAUCUCUGCUGCAUAAACUUUUGAUUGUGAAAAUUUACAGUUUAAAAAAGUAACUUUCAUUGAUAUUUUUAGCAAUUUGAAACAACCCAUAAACAAUAACUCAUAAAAUAAUUAUUACUGGCAGCUUCUUACCUGGUUUUUGUACUAUAAAUGACCAACCCAUACAAUAUAUCCUUUCAGACUACUUAAAAUGUCAAUAAAAGUCACUUUAUGAUCAACUUUUUAGCAUCAGAAGCUUUCAGAGUAGAAAUUAAGGCAUCAUAAUGCAAAUGCUCAAAGUGUAAAUAAUUCCUGAAUCACAAACUUCAAGAAACUAUUAAUCAAUGGAUAUUUCUUUACUGUUUAAUAAGUAAAUCUUUUUUUUUUCUUGAAUUUACCCCGAUUGGACAAGGGUUCUAAGUUUAUUAAUAUAAAUGUAAAAAUUACAUGCACUAUCAUUCAAAAACAUUAAAUAGUGAAAGUGAAAACAUUAAAUAAUCCAAUCUUUUGAACGAUAAUGUACAUUAAAGUACUAAUGUUAGUGCUUUAAAUAGAAGUGAAGCUAUAAGAUCAUGUCUUUGACUUAUCCCUUCAUAUGCAACAGUGAAUGGAAAGUGCAUUUACAGUAACUAUCUUACAGUAUUAGCCUAGCAGGCAGUCUAGAGAGCUUAAAACAUAGAUGGUCAUAAUUUGAGUUCAGCUAUUUGAUAGUUGCAUAUAUAUAAAUUUAUGUAUAAUAUACAAUUAUUAUAAAGUGAUUUAUUUUUGUUUGUUGUUGGCUGCCAUGUACACGGUGCUGCCUGCCUGCAUCUCCAAUUUGAUAAGGUUAAGUCAAAAUGAUUGUGUGCUAAUUAACAGCAUGUCAAAGAUGCGGUCUGUUGACAACAGUGAAGGGCUUUUCACACUGCAUUUAAAGGGAUAACUCGUCUAUAAAAGGAAAGAAUAUUUAAUCGCUAUUUACUCACCCUCAAGUGGUUCCAGUCCUCAUGAGAAGUUAUUUUGAAGAAUGGUGGAAACUGUAUCCAUUGAAAUGCGUAGUAGAAAAAAAAGAAUACUAUAGAAGUCAAUGGUUACCGGUUUUCAACAUUUAUCGAAAUAUCUUCUUUUGUGUUCAGCAGAAGAAAGAAACAGGUUUGUGACAAGUGAAGCAUUAGUAAAUAAUGACCUGUCCCUUUAACUCUGGGAUUUUGUCAUUCUAAAUAUUGACAGAAAAUGCAUCAAUUGAAGUAAAGAAGAGUCUGUUUCUUUCUUAUCCUCAUAGUCCACACAGUAAAAAAGUAUAAUUUGAGGUUGUGCAACGCUAGAACUUUCAUAUUAACAAGUCACAUGCUGCAGUAAUCCAAUCAGAAACACCUUAAAUAUGCAAAUAAGGCCGUUAAUCCAAGAUUUAGGAAUGCAAAGUGUCAAACCUACACAGUAUUCAUUGUGAAGUUCGAUAAGAUAAACAGAGUGGACUAUUUCUAGUGUGAAAAGCUCCUUUUUUUCAUUGAACUCUAGAUAAGUUUAUCUCCUCUUCGAUCGUGACUGUUGGUUGAUGAAAAGUGAGCGUAACCCCUCUGUGGCCUUCUGCAUGUUCUUGUCAAUCAGAUUCUUUUUAUCAUUAACUACCAAAGACCUCAGUUGUGUUUGUGUGUGAGGCACGUUUGAUCAUCUGAGUUUUACACUAUAUCAGUAUUUUGUUGCUCUCUUUUAUAAUUUAUUUGAUGAUUUAGGGUUUCUUAUUAAGGUUGGAAAACAUUGUUGAAGGUAUCGUUAACUGUUUUUGAUUUGUUUUAUGGCAGUAUAUUAGCUGUUGUUAAUGUUAUUAACAGCAAAAGUCAAUGGAAGAACUUACACCAUUCACAAAGUUGGGGUCAGUAACAUUUUUUUUUUUGCAUUUAGUUUAGUAUUUUUAUUCAGCAAGGAUGAAUCCAGAUGAAUAAAAGUAAAAAUAAAAACUUUUUUUAGGUACAUGCUGUACUUCUGAACUUUCCAUAAGAAUCCAGAAAAAUACAUCCCACUUUCCACAACAAAAUUGAAGCAGAAAUACUAUUUUCUAAUAAUUAAUUCAUUCAUUUUCCUUCAGCUUAGUCCCUUAUUAUCAGGGGUCGCUACAGUGAAAUGAACCGCCAACUAUUCCAGCUUAUGUUUUACGCAACGGAUGCCCUUCCAACCUCAACCUAAUACUGGGAAACACCCAUACACUCUCGCGUUCACACACUCAUACACCAAAGCUAAUGUAGUUUAUCCAUUUCACUUAUAGCGCAUGUCUUUAGACUGUGGGGGACACCAGAGCGCCCGGCGGAAACCCACGUCAACAUGGGGAGAACCAGCCUGAUCUCACGAGAAAAAGUCCGUAUUUUACGUUUUGUCAGUUCAGUGGCUAAUUCAUACGAAUUCGAACAAGUCCAGUCAUACGAUUUUAAAAAGGAGGCGUGGCAUCCAACCCCGCCCCUAAACCCAACCGUCGUUGGGUGAUUAGCAAAUCGUACUAAAUUGUACGAAUUAGAUCGUACGAAUUCAUACGAAUUAGCCACUAAAUCAAAAAGUUGCGAAUUGCCAUGAGAUUGCGUUGGGGAGAACAUGCAAGCUCCAAACAGAAAUGCCAACUAGUCCAGCAGGGAUUCGAACCAGAGACCUUCUUGCUGUAAGGGGGCAGAGCUAACCACUGAGCCACAGUGCCACCCUAUUUUCUAAUAAUACUACACUGUAAAACAAUUAUUGCUGUUUUAAAUUUGAGUUCAAAGUCAAAUGAACAUUUCAAGUCCAAAAUUAAACAAAAAGUGCUUCAGGGGUAGUUAAUGUGUUGGUGCUCUUUGGUUAAAGGAUUCGUAAAGAUAAACAACAAAAUCAUAAGUCCAAGGCACUCGAAAAGUAAGUGAAAAUUUUUUUAAAGCCUUUUUUUUUGCCUUUAAUAAUAAAGGCUUUUUCAUGUUUUCACUUACUUUUCGAGUGCCUUGGACUUAUAACUUUUCUAAUCAUCUCAACUUAUAUCAAUAAAACUGACUGAAAAUACUAAGUUUAACUUUUCAUAACUUAAACAAAUUUGUUGAAACCUAUUAAUUUAUUCAAAUGUCAACUAAUGCCUAGUGGUUAGUGCGUCGACACAUAGCACUGAGGUGCUCGUAGCGACCCGAGUGCAAUUCCCGGCUUGAGGUCUUUUGCCGAUCUUUCCCCUGUCUCUGCUACCCACACUUUCCUGUCUGCCAAUCUUCACUGUCCUAUCAAUAUCAAUAAAGGUAAUAAUAAAUAUUAUUAUAUAAAAUAAAAUUAAAAUUAACUAAUUAACUAAUACUAAAGUAAUUAGUUAAAGCAACAUUUAAACAUUCGAUGUUGUGACAUUUUGUCAAAUAUAUAGUUUAUUUACAGUGUAAUAAUGAGGACACAAUGUGGUUACAUUAUUAGAGGACACUAUUAAUGUUAAUUAUUAGAGAGCACUGAUAUUACUAACUCUAUUUUAAUAUAGUAAGAAAUGUUUCUUUAGCACCAAAUAAUUUCGAAUACUUAUUACCAAGGUUGCCUUGAAUAGCCAAUUCUACUGAUAUGGCAGAGAGGAAUUAAUUUAUUCAUUUUCUUUUCAGCUUAGUCCCUUUAUUAAUCAGGGGUCGCCACAGCGGAAUGAACCGCCAACUUAUUUCUUAUUAGCUUGGGGGAAACCGGAGCACCCAGAGGAAACCCACGACAACACGGGGAAAAACAUGCAAACUCCACACAGAAAUGCUAACUGACACAGCCGAGGCUCGAACCAUCGACCUUCUUGCUGUGAGGCGACAUCGCUACCCACCGAGCCACCGCGCCGCCCCUGCAGGGAGGAAUGAAUAAAUAAAAAAACAUAAAGAGUAUAUAAAAAUAUUUUAAAAUCCUAUAAAUACAUAAACAAACAAACACCAAAUCAUAUCAUUUCUGAAUAAUCUUGCAGUGAGGACUGCAGUAGUAAUGAUGCUGAAAAUUUAUUUUAGGAUUACAGAAAUCAAUUGCAUUUUAACAUGUAUUAAAAUACAGAACAAUACGUUUAAAUUGUAAUAAUAUGUCACAAUAUAAUACAUUUUUAUUGAAUUUUACCAAUUAAAUUGAAGCUUCCUAAAAAAAUCUUACUGACCCCAAACAGCUUAUUAAUGUUUUAUUAGCAGCCAGUCACCAUACAUAAUUACAAUCAAAUCAUGAUUACAUUAUUUAUUAUGAUAGUAAAAAAAGCUCGUUUUACAGGCCUAAUUGGAUGACUGUUCUAUAAUGACAUCUUCUAUCGGACAGUUAUACAAUUAUGUUUUUCAUAUAGAAGUAAUAGAACCGUUUCAGUUAUGACUUAAUCUGGAAAACAUAAAGGAAAGAGUUAAUGUGAGAUGGUAUGUUGGUGUUGUGAUCUGACUGUUAGUUUGGUGUCAGCAGAGGAUUUUCUGCAUGAAGCCUCAGGACAACUAAAGCACACAGUAUAAAGCCAAUAUCAGCAGCAUAAUGUUGUAUGAAGUGUUGAUUUCAAUGUGUCGAUGUGCUGAGCUGGACAUUCAGCAGUACAUUCUCUCUCUCUCUGUCAAGUGUUUUAUUGCCAAGGCUUUUUUUUAUUUUAGGUACUGUUGUGACUUGGUAUCAAUAAAGAAAUUCUCAGAUUGUUCCAUA